AUGUCUGUCGCAUUAUCUGAGUUAUAUGCUCUAGACAGUCUAGCAGUUGGAGACAUCCCUACCAUCAAGAUAAAUUGUGACACAUUUUUGAGAACGCUACAAGAUGUUAGUUUUCCUGACAAAGCUGGUGGGUUCACCUUUUCUGACUCAGCAGUUGCUUUGAAGAGUCGUUUUAUUUUAUGGCGUUCACAUGAGGACAUGCUAGAGUUGCAAGAACUGUCUCUACAUCAUGACCUCCCAAAUAAUGUUAUGAAAAUCUCUUUCGGAGGUUCCGCUAUAGUUGAUUGCCAGAUAGCUGAAACUCCUGAAAACAUUGCGUGCCUUGUGUGCACUUCUCACGGGGCCUCACAGCUGAUGUUCCCUCAUCCACGUGUGAUUGCAACUUCUGUUCAACAGUCCAUUAUCGGUUGCAGGAGAAACGUUCAUCAUACUUUCCAUCAAAUAAAAGGGCUUCAGCCGAUGAACAUCCGUUGUGGAACAGCCUUUAUUCAGAGUCAUUCUGGUGUCUUGGUCUUUGCCUAUGGAUUGUCUACGGGUUCCAUACUCGUUGCAAGGGUGAAUCCACAUAAUUCUUCCGAAGUCACAGAAGUUUUUGAGCUAUGUCAAACUUCAAUGAUUCAGAAGAUAUGGUGCGGUAUUACGCCGUUUUCUAGCAAAAACGACAACGAUUCUUCUUCCUCACCACUAGACAUAAGUUUUUUGAGUCUUGGAUCCGAUGAGUACUUCCUAGCCACUGUUUGCAAAGAUCACCGUUUGAGGAUAUGGGACCUCAAGCAUCGCAGCUGUUUUGUUGCAUUAGAUCUUCUGGAGGUUUUACCCAAGACGUUUGGUCUUGAUUCUACUUAUGAUCCAUCUGCAUCACACUCGAUGUUUGCACCUGGUUUGUGUCACCGUCUAUCUUCCUAUCCCGCAUCUGAUCGUGGUAUCACAUUAGUUGUAUACAUGUCUAUGUGUUUGUCUUCAUCUAACAGCAUUAGUUUCGAUACUACCCCUUCUGAGGAAGUAAAUUCAAGCUACUGGUGUUGGAUGCAUCUGGAUAUCAACAAAGCUCUAAGUCGUAAUCGAGAAAGUUUAAGUGUACUAAGAGUAGAACCACUAUUUCAACCUUCGUGGGGAAAUAACGCAGAGUUAUGGCCACACAAGAGUGGUCUGAACAUGUUGCCUAAAAUAAAAAGACCAGAUGUUAGUGUUUUGGAUUUUAUUCCUUCACAAGUAAUCCAAAGACCAGGCUGUUUAGAUGAUUCGUCUGAAAGCAGAAAAAAGCAUAAAAAAGCUCUCGGCGGGAUAUGGUGGAUAGCACACCAAACAAACGCUGAAGACACUGAGAUGGACAGUAAUUACUUUGUCAGGUGGACAGAAAUUCAAAACCCAGAUUGUGAUACUAAAAAACGUAGGGGAACUAUUUCAGCUUUCCCUCCUGGUGUAAAUCUUCUUGAACCUGUGCCUAGCUGGUAUAAACAUCCUACUUAUUUAACACAAUCCUCAGAUGAUAGCCCAACAGACAAUCUAUGGGAUGAAUCUAGUGUUGAUGUUCAGUUACAUAUAUUUUUGGAUCAACUUUUUCACCCUGGUUGUCUGUCCUGGUUUGCGAUUGCAAAUGCAUUCAAAUCACUUUGUGAAAGUUAUUCACUCUUGGAUUGUGAUUCAGUGUUCACCGUCAGUAAUCUUCAUGAAAUGCGUGUUUUUAUACAUCGAAAUUUGUUGGAUAAGCUAAUUCCAAAUCUCGAUCAUGCUGGUUUCAAAACAAUGUUAAAGACAUUUUAUGCUACGGCUAUUGAUUAUCAUGAACAUGGUUUGCAACCUUUAGGAUUGUUACGUUUAGGUACUACGGAUACUACUACUACUAAUGGUAGUAGUACAUCAGAAAAGAUGUUUCCCAGUGAAGAUGAUACUGUUAUAGUUAUUCGUCGAUGGGGAUUUUCUGUUCUACGUUAUUUACAAGAUGUGGAAAUUCUAUUAUGGAAUAAUGCACCUCCUUUAAUUAAUCGAAUGCAAUCACCUCAUCUUGAUACAAAAGUGAACACACAAAACAUCGUUGAUCUAACUACGGACUGUAGAAAGAUCCUGCAUAUUCUCCAAGCUCAACCUCAAUGGCCUCAUUGGAAAGCUAAUCUUUUUGAUCGUACGAAAUCUAAUUUAAACGUCAGCCCAUUAGUAUUAGUUGAACAAAUAAUUGAAGAACUCGAUCAAAUCAAUGAAUGUUGGCUACCUCCGCCUAUUAUUUCAUCUGUAAAAUUUAAAAGCCCAUUUUGUACUGGCUCUCUGUCCAAUUCACAUCUCACUGCUGUCAUCUAUUUAUUAUCGCUUUUGGAUAAUUGUGAUAUUAUGAAUAAAAGUGUUCAGCCUUUACAAAGCUUAUUCGAUAUGGAUACUAAUUCAACGUAUGAAGAUAUGGAAAUAACUAAUCAAUCGUGGUAUAAUAAUAGUAGAUCUAUGGGAGAGAGAACAGGUUCUUUCAUCCCAACAAAUGGUCAAACAAUUGAUAAAGAAACUAAGAAAUUUACUAAAAAUCUUUCUAAUUCAUGUGUACAGUUUGUACGUUUAUCACUUGCUCAAUCUACUGAAACUCGUAUUUUAUUUUCAUUCGCUUUAUUAAUUUUAAUACGACGUAAUGAGCUCGCUUCAAAUGGUUUCAUCAUGUUACGUAAUAUUAAUAAUAAUGCCGAGGAGGAUGGUGUUGAAGAUGAUGAUUGUUCAACUGAUAAACAACCGAAAGGUAUAGAUAUCAACUGGCAUAGUAAUGCAAAAAAUCGACUUGUCUCAUUGAUUCAAAGUCUUGGAUUUUUACAUAAUUUAACAGUUGUUCGUGUACGGCCUACUCCUGAUAUGGAUAAAUUAUCUAUCAUUAGAGAUCAUCUGAAUAUCCUUGGAAUUCAUGAUAUCCUCUUUCCUAUUGAAAGACUGAAUAUUAGUUCUACUACUGCUCAUUUAUCAGUAUCACCAGUCAAUCAAACACCUGAAUUUUCAAGAUUAUUAUCUCCUACAGUAGAUGGUGGACAAGGAAUUGUCUAUGUGCUUUGGUUGUUACUAUGGUGUGGACAUUCGAAUGAAGUGAUCAAAUUGUGUAUGCUUCUGUUACCUCCAACACGAUCAACUCGAAUGGUUGAAAAUGCUACCAAACAGUUUGUUGGUGAUAUUAAUAAUAAUCAAGAACACAGAAGUUGGCAACUACUGUUCAGUUCUCCAGAUUUGAUCAAUACCAAUGAGGACGGGGAAUUGUGGCAGUCUCAAAAUUUUGAUAAUGACACUUCAGAUUAUGAUGAUGAUAAUAAUGACGGGAGUAGCGGUAGAAUUUCUUGGUGGUGGGAGAAAGAUUUCAGUUUUGUUCACUUAUGCAUUGGUUUAGCGAAAUUAUGGUCAGGUGAAUCGGGAUCAGCUAAGAAACAUUUUAUUACAGCUAGUAAUUGGUUGUAUUGUUAUACACAAUUAUUUAUGAAUUAUUUAACAGAAUCAUCAGUUCAUCAUUCUAAUUCAACAAUCAAUCAAAAUGUCCCCAAACUGUUAAUGCCAAUAUUAUUCCCAAAAGAAUUUUCACUAUCGAAAUUAUUUAGUUUAAAUGAAUCAACAGUGAAUGGUGAUGGUAACAGUAGAAAUACCAAUGAACUAUCAAUGUGUUCACUUUCUCCAGUUGAAGUACAAAUUCGAUUCUUAAUGAAGUUAAUGUCUGUUUUCGAAGUGUCUAACUAUGUACCAGAGAUUCUUGAUCUUGCGGAAUUCUGUUUAAAUCGUUUAGCUGAGACACAAAAUUCAAUCAAAUCAGAAAAUUGUUUAAAUCAAAACAGUGGUGGUAGAUCAACUCAUCGUUUAGCUUCUGUUUUGGCAAGUUUGCGUGGAAUCAUGGAAAACGAUAAUUUAAGCGGAUUUCUAUGUGGUUCAGUAAAGAAACAUCCAGAUUUUAUUGAGAAUGAAUGUAGUGUUAAUGAUAAUGAUCCUCAAUCUAGAAUUAAUACACGUUUAGCUGAUUUAGAAGCUACUUUAUGGACACGAAUGUUUAAACAUGAACUUGUGUUAGGAAAUUAUACCAAAGCAUAUAUGAUACUUCAAAGUAAUCCGGAUAUUGCUAGGCGUCGAGAUUGUUUACGUCAGUUGAUUGUCACUGUUUGUGAUCGUGGUGAAGCAUCCAAGUUGAUUUCUUUUCAAUAUGGACCUAUGGAAAACGAAUUUAUUGCUAUAUUGGAAGCUAGAGCUCGUGCUGCUGAUGUUGUCAUAGUACCUGAUCCGUCUACAAAGAAAUCUGCUUCCUCAUCACCAGCUGGCUCUAAUCCAUACUAUGAUGUGUUAUACGCUUAUCAUAUUCAUCGAGCUGAUUAUCGCGCUGCUGCUUCUGUUAUGUUUGAACACUCUUAUCGAUUAAUUGAAGAUACUAUGAUGGCUGCUUCACGGUUGAGUAACUUUCGUUCUGGUGGUGCACGUAUUCUGAUUGGAUUACAACGUCAAGCUGCUUGUCUUGCAUCAGCUAUUAAUACACUUUAUUUAGUGCCCAAAGAUAAUCAAUGGCUUGUAUGCAUAGGUCCUGUGAAUGAGGAUGUAGUUGUCAGUGUCGACAAUGAGGAUGAUGAAGAUGAUGAUAAUAUGACUGAAACUGAAUCAGACAAUACGUAUCCUAAUGACGACUGGGCGUUUGCCAAUCCUGAUGACCUUGCUUUGGACAAUAUUAUUGAUGAAGAGCAUACGAGUGAUCAACAUAAUUUCGAGGAUAACUCUCUAGACCAAGAACAACCAAUUUCAAGUGCAAAACGUAAUGCAACAACAAUUGACCCAUCUUUACCACGACUUGGAAAAGAUAAACGAAUACUUACAUUGAAAGAUUUAUUAAAUGCUUACAUACUGACACGUGCACGACUUCGUCUUGCUCAGGCUUGUUGGGAACAGGGAAUGUUGAGGGCGGGUGUAUUUACACCAGAUGAAGUUGUUCGAGGAUUAUUGUCCGUUGCAUUAUAUGAUGAAGCUGUUCGUCUUUGUGAAUCCUACGAUCUUGAUCCUGCACUCAUCAUUAAUAGUAUAAGUUUACGCUGUAGCGAGCUUGCUCAAUGCGCAACUGGUAGUGUCAACUUGGUGAACUUUUCACAGCCUACAGUUAAUUAUGAACUUCGCCGAAAAGAGGUUUACGAUAUUCAUCGUACCACUUCUGUCAUCACAACUGGUUUAAAUCAAUUCCCAGUACUACCAGGAUUGGCGAAUGAUUCAUCUCCUUUAGAGCAUGAGGCCGAUCUAGUUCAACAGUCUUUAUCUAAUUUGUCCACGUUAAAUUUUGAUAAAGUUGGAAACGACGGUGAUAAUAUCGGCGCUAUUGAAAAAUCCAGUAGCUUAAAAAUAGUACCAUACCAUUCUAAUUAUAAUUAUUCUAGUCGAUGCAACUUACCAGAAAUGUAUUGGCGUCUCCUAGAAACAGUUCUCACACGUCUAGAUCCUCCAAGUACAACUAAUGAAAAACAAUCAACAUUUCAAACAAAAUAUCAUGGUUUUCUACAUUUAAUUGCUUGCGAAAAUAUACUCGCUUCAGGUCCUAAUCAAUUAUAUCUACCCGAGUGGUUAACUUCACGCUUAUUGUCUACUUCAUACGCAACAGAACGAGCUGUUAACUUAUUACGUCUGUACAUAAAAUUCAAUCGUUUAGAAACAGCUUAUCGAUUAUCUAUGGAUAUGCUCGAAGCAGCUAUGAAUAAAGGCGCAGAUCCAUCAUCCUUCGGUUUACGAUCCACUUUAUCCAAUUCAAUGGAUCCAACAAAUCCUAUACGAAAAGCCAAUAAAACUAUGACGAUAUCAGGCACAAUGUAUCUUCCACAUACAUUAUUUAUUUAUAUAUUGAAUGCAUUGAAAGUAUUAUCGCCUGAAUCAAAAACCUGUGAAGCUAUGCACGACAAUUUAGAAUCGGCACUAAGAAAUUAUUUUGUUAAACUUCAAUCAAUUUGCCGCGGUUUAAUCACACAUUGA